AUGACAACGCCUGAAUACCUCACAGGCAACAAGGAUGCAAUCCGCCAAUUCAUAGACAAGUUCGAUGUCUUCCUGAUCGACUGCGAUGGCGUCCUCUGGUCCGGAGACCACUUAUUCCCUGACGUUGUGUCGACCUUGGAGAUGCUGCGUAACAAGGGCAAGCAGAUCGUGUUCGUGACCAACAACUCGACCAAGUCGAGGCAGGACUACCAGAAGAAGCUCCAGGGCAUGGGCAUCCCUGCAACCGCCGAGGAGGUGUUUGGUUCGUCAUACUCGGCCGCGAUCUAUAUCUCACGGAUACUGCCUCAAGCGCAUCCACACCUCAAGGAGAAGAAGAAGGUCUUUGUGGUGGGUGAAGUUGGCAUCGAGACCGAACUCGACUCCGAGGGCAUACCGUAUUUGGGGGGAACAGACCCUGCCUACAGGCGAGAGGUUACAUCUGAGGACUACAAGCUCCUUGCCGCAGGCGAUCCCAAAGCAUUAGAUCCCGAGGUGGGCGUGGUGCUCAUGGGCCUGGAUUUCCGCUUCAACUAUCUCAAGAUGUGCUAUGCCUACCACUACAUUAGACGUGGGGCACUCUUCCUGGCUACAAACACGGACUCGACCUUGCCUUCUGCCGGCUCGUUCUUCCCUGGCGCGGGAACCAUCUCGGCGCCUCUGAUCAAGAUGCUUGGAGGCCAAGAGCCUAUGGCAUUUGGCAAGCCGAACCAAGCCAUGAUGGAUGCCAUUGAGGGUAAGUUCAAAUUUGAUCGGAGCAAAGUGUGCAUGGUGGGUGAUCGCGCCGACACGGAUAUCAAAUUCGGACUGGAGGGAAACCUAGGAGGGACCUUGGGCGUAUUGACGGGCGUCGCGACGGAGAAGGAUUUUCUGGAGGGAGACAUCCGGCCAGCAUAUUACGUGAAUGCCUUGAACGAUCUUCUGGAGGGCGCAUGA